GAGCCCGACAGUAUAGAAACGUAAAAGCCCAUUAUCAGAUGUAUUUUUACAAAAUAGAAGUUCCCCUUCCGAUGAACCGAAGAGUAGCAAACCCCCGUAAGCCCUAAUUCCCCGAUCAUGUCGCCGAGUCUGAAAUCCGUCUUUGCGCAGUUACAACGGCAAUCGAGACUCGUCCGUGGUUCUAGCCGCAAUUUCUCUUCAACGACCCGUAACAACAACGCAUCCAAUGGAGGCGGAGGAGGUGCUGUCCAAGACCGCGGGCCAAUGGUUACGCUUUGCAAGUUUAGGUUUAGCUCAUCAGUAGUGCUUGGAUAUUUUGUUGGCGCUGGUUUUGAGAUAAUGGAACUUUCUAAAACGUCACGGAGACUUUAUGAGAAAAAGAGCCCCUCCUGGAAAAACUUGAGAUCGAAUUGGAGUCGAAUAUGUAUAAGGAGAUUCUUUAUGGACCCCAGAAUAAAUGAGUUCAGAAGGAAAGCACUGUGUUUAGUUUCUUAGUUGUGCAAUUUACUAGUAUGGUUGAAUGAAGGAACUUAUUUAGCUUGUUACCCUCGUCCUGUUGCCUUGAGCUUCUGUUGAGACUUGAGAAUGAACUUGUUUCUUGUUAAGAAACAAGUUCUGCUAAAGUUUUCUAACAACGACCUUGAAGUUUAGUUGAUAUUAAAAUGUUUAUUAGUUAUUGAUUUUGCAAAACCUAAUUCAUUGUCGGAUCGGAUCAACUGUAUAACUAACUCUAUAUAUAGCGUCGGCGUGCUGUAACUGCCUUGAAGGGGUAUGUCAUAGAAGCUUAAGUUUUCA